AUGACAGAUAUAGCCGCCCAACGCGUUUCCUUGGACCUGACACAUGUACUCUAUGAUCCUUCUUCAGACACUUCCUUGGUGCUUGCACUGCUGACGCUGAGUCCAAUCCUUUUGAUGCCUGCCUAUGCAGUACUCGCAGUAUAUACCCGUGAAUUGACCAUCAUCAACAUGUGGGCAGGACAAUUCCUUUCAGAGGGUUUGAAUCUGGUGCUAAAGCGCAUUAUCAAGGAGGAGCGUCCAGCUGAUAGCCAGCUUCACCUCAAUGGUUACGGCUUUCCCUCGUCGCACAGCCAGUAUAUGGGAUAUUUUUCUGCAUUUCUGAUCUGUCACGUAUAUUUUCGACACCGGUUUGCAUCCACAGGAUUCACCGUGCUCGAUCAGCUUUGCCGAAUAGUCGUCUACCUUGGACUAGUUACGUGGUGUGCCAUCGUUGCCUAUUCAAGACUCAUCUUGCUAUAUCAUACGCCGCAUCAGGUUAAAUGGGGCCUAGGGAUUGGCAUAGCAAUGGGUAUUUUACAUUAUGCGUGUACCGAACUACUCCCAGCUAAAUUCCCCGACUCUAUGUUUGGACGAUUUCGAUCUGCCAUCGUAGAUCACCCGAUAAGCGUGUGGCUACAGCUAAGGGAUGGUUGGGGCGUCUGGCCGGAUGGUGGGAGAGAAGCUGAGUGGAAACAAUGGAGAACUGAAUGGCUGAAGCGGCAUUCAUGUCGAGCAGGGAAGAAGAUGGCAUAA